ACUCUGAAAUUCAUAACAAAAAGUAACAUGUAGUAAAGUUUUUAAAAUAUAAAAAAACCAAAUACAAUAUAAAAAUAUAAUUUAAAGUAUUAUAUCGACAUUGUGUAAACUUUUAAACUCAAAAAUACAAAUAAAAUUUGUUUUGUUUGACGGCAUUAAAAAAGAAAGAAAAAUAAGAAUGGAGUGGUCUGAUUCAUAUAUUGGAGGUUUUAUAAAUUUUUGUCUUGGAUUUUCUUUACUUGGAUUUAUAGAAGCAAUUUUUGUUGCGUUAAUUAUCUACUAUAUUUGUACUAAAACUAGGGCAUCCACAUUGAUAGAAGCUUUAUUUCCCGCAUUAGGAUUAAAUUGGCCAUCAAUGUCAAGUUUUGAUGUAUUCAGUUCUUUUGGGAUUUCUGAAAGAAAGGAUUCGAAAGCUAGUUACGUGCAAAACAAUCAAGCAUAUGGAGCUCAAAAUUUGCUGCGAGUGACUCCUCAUGCUGGUCGUAAGCCAUAUAGUUCAAUGUUUGAUUAUGGUAUAUAUUUUCCUGAUUUAGCCCAAUGCUUAAGAUUCAAAAAACAUCCGUAUCCUCAAGUUUCAGGAUAUGUUCUCAAGGAUUCUGCUAUCGAUCAUGCCGUAAAAAAAGCAGCAGAAGACAUUUUCAAGGACCACAAAAUAAAAGAAUACAAAAUAUCUGAUAAUUUAAAAGAGUAUAAUAUUGAAGAUGAACCAUCAGCAGAGGAUGUUGAAACAUCAUUGUACCAAAAAAUAAUCAAAAAUCAGAAAAAACGAAAAAAUCGUUUGCUAUUGGAAAUGAGUUCGAAAUUGUCAGAUGUGGUAUUACGUUUAGCAGCAUGGGUAUUAUAUAAACUUUUUCCAUGCUUUUUAUCUGGGAUUAUUUCCCAUACAAAACAAAUUGAAAUGCUGAAAAAGGCUGCUGAAAAAACUCCUGGUGUACCACUAAUAUUUUUACCAUUACAUCGAAGUCAUCUAGAUUAUAUAAUGGUAACUUUCAUUCUUGUAAACUACGAUAUACGAGCUCCACUAGUUGCUGCAGGAAAUAAUUUGCAAAUACCUUUCUUUGGGGGACUACUCCGUGGGUUAGGAGCGUUUUUCAUUAAGCGUAGAAUGGAUCCUGUUGAAGGCAGGAAAGAUACAUUAUAUAGAGCAAUAUUGCAUUUAUAUUUACAAAACGCACUUAAAUUGGGGCACAAUAUUGAGUUUUUUAUUGAAGGUGGAAGAACAAGAACUGGAAAGCCUUGCAUGCCAAAGAAUGGCGUUUUAUCAGUAAUUGUGAAUGCUUUUAUGGAUGGGAUUAUCAAAGAUGCUUUACUAGUUCCCGUCUCUGUAAAUUAUGAACGUUUGAUUGAUGGAAACUUCAUUGCUGAGCAGUUGGGACAGAAGAAAAAACCAGAAACAUUCCGUUCAGCCAUAUCAGGUAUAUGGAAGACUUUGACAUCAAACUAUGGAAUGAUGCGUAUUGAUUUUAAUGAACCAUACUCAAUAAGGGAAUUAGUUACAUCAUUCAAUAAAAUUGCAAGAGAAGAUGGGACUAAUUUGGUGUAUACGCCUAAUGAAAAAAAACUGCGGCAUAUGCAAUCAACUUCUUCUUUAUAUGGCACUGAUGUUGUGAAAGAAGAACAUCGAACACUGGUAGACAGCAUAUCUAGGCAAGUUGUUUUUGAUUGUGCUGCUGCUACUUCAGUUAUGUCAACAAACGCAAUUGCAUUUCUCUUGUUAACACGUUUCCGUAAUGGCGUAUCAGAACAACAUUUAGCUGAAGAAUUAGACAAUUUAAGAGAUUCACUACAAGGGAAACGAGAUUUAUGUUUUUCUGGAAAAUCUUUACAUAUAAUUAAGUACGCUUGUGAUUUAUUAGGCGAAGAUAUGGUUUCUUGCACAUACAAAGAUUCUGAGGUUUUUAUUAAACCAAAAAUAGAUAUCCCCAAUGUGAUUGAAUUAGCUUAUUACUCAAAUGCAGUCGUUCCACAUUUUGCUUUACAAUCUAUUGUUAUGGUGGCUGCUUAUAAUUCGUUAGUCAAUCAACCAAAACACACCAAAAUAUCCCGAACAAGACUGAUAGAAAUAUGCAAAGAUCAUUGUAGUAUUUUACGUUAUGAAUUUAUACUCAGUAAACCUACACAAAAUUUGGAUCAAAUAUUAGACGAUGUAAUUGAUGAUUUUAUUCAAAGAGAAAUCUUGUGUUCAACAAAGACUCAAAUCGAAUCAGAAUCGACUGCAAAUACUCUUCGUUUAGCAAACGCAAUAGCAGCUGACCUUGAUGAUGCAUACAGUGAUGAAGAAUCAAUUUAUAAUUAUAAUUUUGAAGAUCUUGAAAUUUCUUUAUCAGAGAGUAAAAAUGAAGAUCAAAAUGCAUUAAUGUCUGUAUUAGCUCCAUUUAGUUACUCUUAUUUAGCAGUAGCUAAAAACUUGGAAUUAAUUUAUAAAAAGGAAUCAAUACUUGAGCCAGAAUUCAUUAAACAUGUUAUAAAGGACCUCACAAACAAAUACGAAAAUGGAGAAUGUCCGUACGGUGAGAGUAUAUCUACCGAGUCAAUAAAGAAUUGUUUAAAGCUUUUUGAAAAGAAUUCAAUUGUUGAGCUUAGUGCAAUAAACGGCAUUCGAUUACUAUCAUUAAAUGACGUAAGUAAUUCACUAGAAGCAAUUAACGGAUGCAUUGAACAAAUUGAAAGAUGUGUACCAAAAAUUAGUAAUAAUAAUAUUGAAAAAAAUGUUUAAUAUGUAAAAAAAAUAAGAUUAAAAUAAUUAAAAAUAAGUUUGAAAAAUUUUGUGAACCAAAAAAAAAAGGAAAAACAAGAAAUUACUUGUAUUUUCCAUUCAAAUUUUUUUAUAUUGCAAAUACGAUUUGCAAAUUUAAGUUUUACUAUAAAAAAAAACUUUUUUAAAUAAAGUUCUUAUGAUUUUUAUACAUACACGCAUAAAUUGCUCAUUAUGGAGCACAAAAAAUAUCAUAAUUGACUGAACACUUUAGGACAAUAAAAUUGUUUGAAUGUACAAUCUAUAAUUCGAAAUAGUUAUAUUCUUAUACCUAUAUAAUAAUAAAAUCAAAUAUA